GUCCUCUUUCUUAUGAUAUCUAUUCAUCUUUCUCUCACUUAUUGUUGUUCUACUGAAUUUGGUGUAUUUUAAGAGUCGACAGUACUGCUCACCCUAUGAUAUUUAGGAACAUAUACUUUCCAAUUUAAAACAAUAAAAGAAAAGAGGCAUAUAUGAAAAUAAGAUAUGGUCCAAUUUCUUAAACAUGAAUACGUCAUUUACCCGCUAGCAUUUUAAAGCAAAAAGCCAAACAACAAGAUUGGAAUAAUCAGUGAUUCACCCACACCAUCAACAUUUUCCAACUGUACAUCUCAGAGAACUCAAAAAAAACCCAGGACAUCCCACAAAUAUUACACCACUCCACACUUAUGAAUUAGAUAUCAUGCAACCAACUCAAGACAACGAAAGGAUUCCAAAUGAUCGACCAGGGACUCCACCGCGCCCGCCUUAUUCCCCAGUAACUCCGGUCUUCGCCCAUAUUGCCCCAGCCCAGAACGCCUCCACGUUCAACGGUGCGCUAUCACAUCCCAUCGUACCCCCAGCAACAUCGCCGUCGCCAACAAGUCUCGCUGGCGGCGCAACGACCUCUGCCAUCGCACCGGCCGUCUUCGCGCCGGAGCCGGCUGCCGUGCCGAUCUCGGAAAGCGAGAAUCCCGAUGCAAUCGCCCUGCGGUCCACCAUCUCGAUCCUCCAGCUCCAGAAACAGCAGAGUCUGCGCGAUAUCCGGACGCUGGAGAGGUUGAAAAAAGCGGCGGCGGCGGAUCCAGAGGGCUUUGCGCAUGAAUUGGCGGCGGGGAAUUUAACGGCGAAGGACCCCGGAGGAUUCGUGAAUUUCACGCAUGAGGACGAGGACGAGGACGAGGACGAGGGUGAUGGUGAAAGGGAGGAUCUGAGGGGGGGAACUGGGCCGGGUCUGGGGAAAAUACCUACACCUCAGAAUGUGGUGCGCAUGCCUCCGAUCAACUGGAACAAGUAUCAGGUCGUGGGCGACCCGCUGGACAAGAUGCACGAGGACCAACGCCGACGCCCGUCUCCCGGGGAGCUUAGACGCGAGGAGCCUACGCUGCGGCCGCAGGAGCAUGUUCUUGCAUCGCCGUACCGACCGCUAGUAGAUAAGCUAGAAAGUCCGGACAAAGUCAAGGGUGUCAGCAAGAACAAGAAAACAUAAAGCAUCUAACAAGAAAAUUCUGAGAUCGGUGAAGCUAGACUCUAUGGUACAGUUCUCACAUUGAGCAAUAACAACGGUAGCGUUCAUCCACCGUGUCUCGUUAUAAUGGAAGAAAGAGAAGCAAAGAAGACAAGGAUGUAUGCCUGCCGGCCUGUUCCAUAUCGCGCUGCAAAUGCCAAACCAAGCCAGGGCACUUUCAGGCUCAGUCAGGUUGAAGGAAGCGAUGCAGCACAUAGCAACCAGUUGCGAACGCUACAUACAGGAAAUCAUUGCGGCACGGCCUUUCUGAAUUCCUCGAUGUCGGAGAUAGUCUUCAGGAGUCUAUCGUGUGCAAGACUAACCCUGUUGUACA